AAGGACCCUCGCUUACGUUAAGGCUCUAGUUUGCCCCAGCUGGCCAGCGCAGCGUCUUUUUGGGUGGAAAUAGUUUUAGGCGCAAUUUACAAAACAACCAGCUUUUGUGCAUUCCAUUCUCCUCUUGCGAACGAAUACACACAAGACGAAGAAGGCAAAAAGCCAAGGUGUACGCAGAGGCGCUGGAUACCCCCUCUUUUUUGCUGGAGUGGAAACGGGCGAAACGGAGAACCUUGGGUUGCAAAGGAGAGAAAACACACCUUGUUUUCUUGGACUUUUUGUGUACUUUUCUAUCUUGCCACUACACGACGGCAUUUUCUCUGGCAUCAUAUCAGGAUUCUGGGUCUAUUUCGCGCUUGCAGUUGGCAUAUCUCCUACCAAAACCAGGACGUUCCGGUUACCCCAAAGAAUACCCUGUUUCGUUAUCUCCUGACGAGCUUGCGUGCCCAUCAUGUCCGUAUCGAGAGGAAACUUGGUGAGAGAAUAUAAAAUCGUCGUGGUCGGUGGUGGUGGUGUUGGAAAGUCGGCUUUAACCAUUCAAUUCAUCCAAUCGCAAUUCGUUGACGAAUACGAUCCGACCAUCGAGGACUCGUACCGCAAGCAAUGCGUGGUAGAUGGAGAAACUGCGGUGCUAGACGUGCUAGACACAGCUGGACAAGAAGAAUACUCUGCCAUGCGGGAACAAUACAUGCGAUCAGGCGAAGGAUUUCUGUUAGUGUACAGCAUAACUUCCCGGUCCUCUUUUGAAGAAAUUCAAACCUUUCAUCAACAAAUUCUGCGCGUGAAAGACCGGGACUGGUUCCCAGUCACGUUGGUCGGAAAUAAGUGCGAUCUUGAGGGUGAACGAGUGGUGGGAACCGGCGAAGGGAGAGAAUUGGCAAAACUGUUUAGGUGCAAAUUUAUGGAGACGUCGGCGAGGAGUAAAAUUAAUGUCGAUGAAGCGUUUUUCUCGUUAGUAAGGGCAAUUCGAGAUGAGAAUAAGAAAACUCCUGGUGGAGGACAACAGACGGUCAAGAAGAAGAAGAAGCCGUGUAUGGUAAUGUGAAUGGGGCAAACAAAGACUCUUGAGGUUGUUUGGCGACGAGGUAGAGACGGCGAGUGUUGGAAGCGCGGAGCCAAUUUGCGGUGAUCAUGGAGGGUUUGGUCUUUUUCUGUCAGCAAAGUUACGUUGAACUUUUGCUGUCAUUGAUUUCGACGAGGGCACGACUGUCUUUUCAUCAUGAACAAACUACGCUGAAUUGGUAGUGAUGAAAAGAAGGAUCGAGGGACGAUGGGAGGCUUCUCUCUCUCUCUCUGAUUUUUGUGUACAUUUCGAUAUUUUGGGGGAGCGAGAGGUUUUUUUUCGCAAGGGACAAGUACCAUUUAAUAAUAGAGUUUCCCAACAUUUUACAAUC